AUGGAGUUGCACCAUUCCCUCGCGCGCCGUCCCCCGUCGGGGUCGGACCUCGGCCCGGCCAGCGGCGGUGCCCUGGGAAACCACCCGUCUGCGCGUCUCGCCGUUCUCAUCGUGCUCGAUCGUCUGUGUGACCUGUCCACGCCCAUGCGUUACUCCUGGACGUACCAGGUGAUGCUACACGACAUCCUCAACAUGAAGCUCAACAAAGUGACUCUCACGAAUGCCAACUCCGAGCGUAAGGCCUAUUUCAUCGACCCGUCGGCCGGGUUCUUCCGAGACAACGCACGCCUGGACUUUUCGGAUGUCGCUCGCAAUGUGGAUGCCGCUCUGACGGAUUACCGCGUGCGCUAUGAGCAGAUCACCCAGAUUGGCUCAGCCGCGUCGGCUCAGGCCGGUGCCAUCCAGUUCGAGCAGAUCCCCACGCACAAGGAGAGCGCCGAUCGCCUGCUGUCGGCCAUGAGCGAAUUGCCGGAGCUCACGCGCAAGAAGGAAACCAUCGACGCGCACAUGACCCUGGGAACCGAGCUGCUUGGGCACAUCAAGGCUCGGUCCUUGGAUGCCUUCGUGAAGGCCGACCCGGCGAGCCUGAAUGUCGGCAGCCUGUUGGCCAUCAUCCGCGACAUCAGCAAGGGCACGCCGGCCGACAAAACCCGCCUGGCCUUCCUCUUCCUGGACGCCAUGCUGAUGGAGGAAAUUCGGGCGUCGGCCAGCGCCGGUGGUGGCGGCGGCGGCGGUGUCGGGGUCGGUGGCGGUGGCGGGGCCGGGACGGGCCCCGGGGCGGCCGGCCCCGGGUCCCAGCCCUUUAGCCAGCAUCUGCCCGAGGUGCUGGAAGCCCUGCGCCAGGGCGGCUGUGACACGGCGCCGGUGGAGUACCUUCAGCUGUCGCGCUCGCUGCAUCUUAUGUCUCGCUUGCCGGGGGCCGGGAUGGCCGGUAGCGGUGGCGGGGCCGGCGGUGGCGGCGGGCCCGGUGGGCGGAUUUUCCCCAGUCAGUUGGUGGACUCCCUGUCGGCCAACUGGUCACAGCUGGCCGGCGACACGGCCGUCGGGUCGAUGCUUCGCCAAGGGGCCAAGUCCCUGCUGUCCAUCCUCCCCGGGCAGCAGGCCACGCCUCUGGUGACGCGCGUGGUGGAGGAGGUCCUUAACGGGGCCCCGAGCACCUCGGUUGGCAACCUCCUGUGGCUAGACCCGCGGUCGCGACGCCGGGAGGCCCAAGCUCCGGUCGGGCGUGAGGCCGCCUUCGACGAGGCCAUCGUCUUGAUGACCACCAUGUCCUCCUCGAUCGCCGGCCCUGGCAUCACUUCCCUUCGCGAGAAGCAGAUCGCCGCCAUCCAUUCCAUCCUCAACUUGCACAAGGGCACACCUCCGGCACGGGCUCCGGGGUCCAGCGGCCCCGGAGGGGCCCCCGCAGGCAACAGCCUGCUUGCCUACUCGGCAGCCGCCACCGGGCCCGGCAACACAGCAGCCGUCGGCAGCGGAGGCCCCGGGUCCCCGCAGAGCCCCGGCCCCGAGGAUGGCAUCACCUGGAAGGUCCUGGUGUACGACCUGAACGGUCGGGAUAUCAUUGCGCCGUUGUUUCCCCUGCCGAAGAUGCGCGCCCUGGGAAUCACCCUGCAUCUGAAUCUGCACAGCGAACGCUUCCAUGUUCCCGAUGCGCCAGCCAUCUACCUGGUCAGCCCGACGGCCGAGAAUAUCGACCGCAUCGCACGCGACCUGUCCCUCGGCCUGUAUCAGUCUUUCCAUCUGUGCUUCCUGUCACCAGUGUCGCGGGACCUGCUCGAGCGCCUCGCGGCCGCAUGUGUGGCGUCGGACGCCGCGGCCCUCAUCGCCCAAGUGACCGACGAGUAUCUGGACUUCGUGGCCCUGGAGGACCGACUCUUUAGCCUGCGCCAAGAGGCCACCCUGGUGGACCUCCACUCGCCGGGCAAGACCGAGGAGCAGAUCAUGGCCGUGGUUGACCGGGUGGCUGGGUCGCUCUUUUCCGUUUGCGUGACGCUUGACACAUACGCACAUAAGCACAUACGCACAUAA